UUGUGGUUGGAGAGACAGAAUUACUCAUCAAUGGAUUAUUUAUAUUUAUGUUAUUGUAAAUAAUAAACCCCAGUAGUAUUUAUUCAACCCCAAAUUAUUUUUAUUAUCAGUUAUAUGACUUAAAAAAAAUAAUCAUGCAGCGUCGAAGGGGACCAAACUUUACUUACGUUAGUGGCUGUGUGAAGUAUAUGAUUUUUGUGCUGAAUUUUGUAUUUUGGUUGCUCGGAGGACUACUGAUAGCUGUGGGCUUAUACGCAUUCCUGGACAAAUGGCAGGCUACGGGACUCAUAAAGUUGGACACAGUGUACGAUGUGAUGCUGAACAUCAGUCUGCUCCUGGCGCUGCUCGGGGCCGUGGUGUUCGUCGUCAGCUUCGCGGGCUGCGUCGGUGCCUUGCGGGAAAACACAUGCCUGCUCAAAUUCUACUCUCUCUGCCUUCUAAUCCUGUUCCUCGUGGAGAUGGGCGGCGCCGUGUGCGGGUUCGCCUUCCCGCGCUCGCUCCACGGGUUCCUCGAGAUCGGCUUCACGGAGCGCGUACUUCACGCGUAUAGGGAUGACCCUGACUUGCAGAACUUCAUUGACUUCGCUCAGAGCGAUUUCCACUGUUGCGGUCUGACCUCCGACGGGUACAUGGACUGGUCGAAGAACGAGUACUUCAACUGCUCGUCGCCGUCCGUGGAGCGGUGCGGGGUUCCCUUCUCCUGCUGCAUCAACGCCACCGACAUCGCCUCGGGGCUCGUCAACAUCAUGUGCGGAUAUGGGGCUCAGAACUACCCGGUAGCCGAAGCGAGCAAGCGCGUCUGGACAAGCGGUUGCAUAGAAAUAGUUCGCUCCUGGAUGGAACGUAACUUAUACACUAUAGCAUCCGUGGCCCUGGGGGUGGCCCUGUCACAGCUGUUCGUCAUAUAUCUGGCCAAGACUUUAGAGGGACAGAUCGAGCUGCAGAAAUCCAGGUAAAUGUGUACAAGUGUGGAUGGAACGUAACUUAUACACUAUAGCAUCCAUGGCCCUGGGGGUGGCCCUGUCACAGCUGUUCGUCAUAUAUCUGGCCAAGACUUUAGAGGGACAGAUCGAGCUGCAGAAAUCCAGAUGGCAGACAUGAAACAGGGGCACGGCGGGCGCCUACCGCGACGACUGCCGCCGCGCGCUGCUGUAGCGCCCGCCCCCCGCCCCGCCCCUCCCCG